CAUUAUAUUAACGCUACUAAUAUAGCUCUUUUAUAUAUCGCUACGAUAAUAGAGGAAGAUGUUAUAGGAGAAAGGCUACUAGGAUUUGCCGGUCCCUUUAAUUUUAACGAUAUAGUUAAUGUUUUAGAGAAGUUAGACACUAUAGGUACUAAGAGAUAG